AUGGCCGAAUUUGGCGCGAUGAUAUUAAUGGACAACGGGAACCCAUUUGUAACGCCCCAGUCAACGCCUUUUUGUCUUUACGGCAAGUACACUUUCAACUCCUCUGCUAAUGGCAGUUCGCAGCAGGUUGCUCAGAAUAUUGCAUUAAAUGCUGACUACCCUGUGAUGGUAUUUAUCAGGACCACAAAUACCGCCCAGCCCACGCCAGUAAUAUCUUACCGGAAUGGAGGAAAUGUAUAUGUCGCGGGGGUUAAUCCCUAUAACAAGAGCUUCACGUUAACCGCAUAUAUAUUUGCCAUAUUUCCCCAGACGUUACCGAAAUGGGGGAUGGCCAUCUGGGAUGCGGCAGGAAAGCUGGUGCUCACUAAUGAGUCCCGGGUGUUGUCCGACCUACAGACAAUUGGAACGCCUGGCGCAAACGGAGGGAUAAAUAUCGAUCAGACACUUAGCGGGCCAUGGGCUGUUGCACCUGCACAGCUUGGCCAAAGCAUCGUUGUGAAUAACUCAACCCGGCCUCCGACAAUCUACACCAUUAAUGCUUAUUCGGCGUGCAGGUUUGACGGGGCCAAUACGAGGAUAAACGCAGGGGGGACCUCCACUGGCACAGGCUCUCCGGGAGGGGUAACGAAUACUGGAAUUUCCUUAACCGCGAUAAAUACAGCGGCCUAUGACUGA